CUCUAACGGUCGCCAUGUUCCGGGGUCUGCAGCGGAUUUGGCUCACUGACUGAAGGAGGUGGCAGUGCGCUGUGAGCGGCCUGCGGGGAGCUGAGGGGAGCGCGGGCGAAGCCGGAAUUCGGCCAUGGAUUCUGUGACAUUUGAAGAUGUUGCUGUGAACUUCACUCAGGAAGAGUGGGCUUUGCUGGAUCCUUCUCAGAAGAAUCUCUACAGAGAUGUGAUGCUGGAAACCUGCAGGAACUUCACUUUUAUAGGAAACAAAUGUGAAGAUGAGACUACUAAAGACCAUUAUAAAAGUUCUGAAAAAAAUCCAAGAAGUUGCAUGUUCGAGAGACUCUGUGAGCGUAAAGAUCAUCAGGAUGGAGAAACUUUCACUUGGAUAGCUAAUGCCAAUAUGAUCAUGAAAAGUUCUAGUGGCCUAACACCAUGUGAAAGCAAAGUGUGUGGGAAGGUUUCCAUGUGUUCACCCUUUCAUAACCAUCCUGCCUCUCACUCUCAGUACAAACCAUUUGAGCAUGAGGAGUAUGGAAACAAGCUGCAGAACUCUAACUCUCUCCCAAACUGUCAAGGGUAUAUGAAAACUCAUAUUAUGAAUGAACCUUUGGAAUAUAAAGCAAGUUUAAAUUAUUUUGAUUUUCCAAGUUCGUUGGUAAUACAUCAAGAAACACACGUUGAAAAAAAACUCUGUCAAUGCAAAGAAUAUAGAAAGGCCUCUGCUGAUGGCAGUUCACUUCGUACAUCUGGAGGAACUCAAACUGUAAGAAAGCAUUAUCAGUGUAAUGUAUGUGGGAAACAGCUGAGUUCUUCUACUUCUCUUCGAGGACAUGAAAGAAUUCAUAGUGGUGAAAAACCCUAUGAAUGUAAACAAUGUGGUAAAAACUUUAGAUUUCUUAGUUCUUUACAUUUACAUGAAAAAAUUCACACUGGCGAAAAACCCUAUGAAUGUAAACAGUGUGGUAAGACCUUUAGACACUACAGUAGUCUUCAAUUACAUAAAAAAAUUCAUACCGGAGAAAAACCGUAUGAUUGUAAACAAUGUGGUAAAGCCUUUAUUGAUCACAGUAAUCUUCAAAGACAUGAAAAAAUUCAUACCGGAGGAAUACCAUAUGAGUGUGAACACUGUGGUAAAGCCUUUAGACAUGACAGUCAUCUUCAAAGGCACGAAAGAACACAUACUGGAGAGAAACUCUAUGAAUGUAAGCAGUGUGGUAAAACCUUUACAGAUCACAAUAAUCUUCAAAGACAUGAAAAAAUUCAUACUGGAGGAAUACUUCAUGAAUGCAAACAUUGUGGUAAAGCCUUUAGACAUGAUAGUCAGCUUCAAAGACAUGAAAGAACACAUACGGGAGAGAAACCCUAUGAAUGCAAACAAUGUGGGAAAGCCUUUAAACAACAUAGUAAUCUUCAAAGACAUGAAAAAACACAUACUGGAGAGAAACCAUAUGCCUGUAAACAAUGUGAUAAAGCUUUUAGACGGUACAGCCAUCUCCAAUUACAUGAAAAAAUUCAUACUGGAGAAAAACCUUAUGAAUGUAAACAGUGUGGGAAAGCCUUUAGACGUCACAGUAAUCUUAAAUUGCAUGAAAAUAUUCAUACUGGAGAAAAACCAUAUGAAUGUAAACAGUGUGGUAAGGCCUUUACAUUUCCUGGUUCCUUACAGUUACAUGAAAAAAGUCAUACUGGAGAAAAACCAUAUGAAUGCAAACUAUGUGUUAAAGCCUUUAGACGUCACAGUGAUCUUCAAAGACAUGAAAAAACUCAUACUAGAGAAAAACCCUAUAAAUGUGAAAAGUGUGGUAAAGCCUUUACAAAUCAUAGUCAUCUUCAAAGACAUGAAAAAAUUCAUACUGUAGCAAAGCCCCACGAAUGUAAGUAUUGUGGUAAAGCCUUUAGACGUCACUGCCGACUCCAAUUACAUGAAAAAAUUCAUACUGGAGAAAAACCAUAUGAAUGUAAACAGUGUGGAAAAGGCUUUAGAUGUCAACGUUAUCUCCAAUUACAUGAAAAAAUUCACACUGGAGAAAAACCAUAUGAAUGUAAACAGUGUGGUAAAGCCUUUAGACAUUACAGUAAUGUUAAAUUACAUGAAAAAAUUCAUACUGGAGAAAAACCCUAUGAAUGUAAACAAUGUGGGAAGGCCUUUACAGAUCACAGUAAUCUUCAAAGACAUGAAAAAAUUCAUACCGGAGAAAAACCCUAUGAAUGUAAAGAAUGUGGUAAAGCAUUUAGAUGUUAUAGUGACCUUCAAAGACAUGAAAAAAUUCAUACUAGAGAAAAACCCUAUGAAUGUCGACAAUGUGGUAAAGCCUUUAGAUGCCAUAGUUAUCUUCAAUUACAUGAAAAAAUUCAUACUGGAGAAAAGCCCUAUGAAUGUAAACAAUGUGGCAAAGCCUUUAGACAUUACAGUAAUCUUAAAUUACAUGAAAAAAUUCAUACUGAAGAAAAAGCCUAUGAAUGUGAACAGUGUCAUAAAGCCUUUAGACGUUACAGUAAUCUUCAAAGACAUGAAAGAAUCCAUACUGGAGAAAAACCCUAUGAGUGUAAACAAUGUGGCAAAGCCUUUAGAUGUCACAGUGAUGUUCAAAGACAUGAAAAAAUUCAUACUAGACAAAACUCUGUUGAUAUGAACAGUGUGGAAAAGCCUUUAGACGUCACAGUCAUCUUUAAUUACAUGAAAGAAUUCAUAUUUUAGUAAAACUAUGAAUUUAGACAGUGAGAUAAAUUCUUUAGAUGUCACAGUUAUCUUUUUUGUGUGUGGGAAAUUCAUAUUGGACCAAAGCCCAGUGAAUGAAAGCAAUCUGGUAAAUCCUACAUGUGGUACAUUUAUCUUAAAUUACAUGAAAAAAAUUCAUACUGGAGAAAAACUCUGUUAAUACAAAAUAAGAAAACCUUUACAUUUCAUAGUUCCUUACAAUUAUAAGAGGAAAUUGUGACAAAGAACACUGUGAAUGUGAACAAUGCCUGUAAUUGGUAAACUUCCUGAAAUAACAUGGGAGAUCAGUUUUACACACAGUGUUCCUUCAAUAUAUAACCCAUGGGAGAAAAUUCCUAGAAAAUCCACGUGGUUAGUACUUUAUGAGUUCACUUCAGUUAUGGAUAAGAACUCACUCUAAAUCUCUAAGAGUAUAAACAACAGGGUCAAGGAUUGAGGAAUUGAAGUCCUAAGAGCACUAUUGUAUGAGACUUUUCCUGAGGAGAAAAUGUCUACUCACCUGAGACAGGGAACUGGUGACAGAAAAAAAGUAAUUCUCUCCAAAUUCACUUAGGUGAACCUAUGAUUUUAUUGGGGUUACUUCCAGGAGCAUGGACAGUCAGAUGCAUCACCAAAAAGCCCAUCCAGCCUAAGUGAUGUCUCAUGGAAGCUGCAAUCCUGAGAUCUUUGCAUAAUUGGCAGGCAGCUUAGUUGGGGAAUUUCUUUUCAUAAUUAUUUGCUGCUUCUAUAACCUUGCGGAGUGGCCUUGAGAAUCUUGUAAAUUCAAGUUUUCUAGACCUUGUUUUAUUUCUUGAGUCUCAUGCCUCCCUUUGAGAGACUGUCAAUUCUGAGGAAAUUGCUAGACAAUAGUCUACCCCUCCUCUGGCUCUUACAUUUUUUGGUAAUGCUUCUAGAUCCUUGGGGGCAGGUAGAGGGAUAUAAGUGAUCAUCUAUGGCUCACAUUAGUUCACUGUGCCAGAGCAAUACUGACUUUUUCUCAGAUCUUCAUCAUUGGUUCUGAGUCUUUGUGGUAUACCAUCCAUUGUGAAAGGAAGUUUCCUUCCAGGGUGGAUGGCAGCUGACAUAGUAGUGAUCUAUUAGGCAUGAAUUGAAGUGUUUAGAAGAAAAUUUGAGAGGCACAUCAUAUCACCUAACAGAACAAUAGCAGUUACUACCUUCUGGGGCCUAUGACCUAUCCAGCAAGUUUUAUUCCUGGCCUAUAAUAUCAGACACAAACUUUCUCCUGUGGAGUGGGCUUUAAAUCCAAUCUGAAAGCUGCUUGUUGGACUCAAACAGUAGUUGUGCUACUAUUGCACCAGGAGGCAUAUUCUCCCUGUCCUCUUGGUACUGAUCACAGUGUUUGUAGCUGAGCAGGAUGGUUGGUGACAAUUCUCCCCGAGCCAUCUGCAUUGCACCUGGCACCAUGCAAGCCAGCCAGUAUGGAGGAAGUGUCCACCUUACUACAGCAUCAUUUUUCCAUGCCCUGCAACCCAAGCAUGUGAUGUCUUCAGUAGUGACCAUCCUGUUUCAGCAUGUAACCAACGGUAGUGGCAAUAGCCUUCAUGGUUGUGGGAUGCCUCCAUCUCCCAGGUGGUGGUGUUAAAGGCAUGUCCCAACACCCAGCUACUAAUAAUACAUUUAAAUAUUAACUAGCCCCAGUAGGUUUGUGAGUUAGGGGGAUGUACUUUUGCACCUGGAUUGCCUUUAGUUGAGAUCUGUGCAUCAGUGUUUGUGAAAUGAGUAGCCUUGUCAUAGCCAGUUAACACUGAGUUGGGGGAAAGCCUUGUUGGUGGCUUUUUCUGUUCCUCACUUGCCUGGAGAUGCUUGUAAGAGGCCUGUGACAGUGUCCACACUUGUGAGGGUAUGUGCCUGUCACUGAUAGGCAUAGAUACCAUAUGAUGUGUUUGUCACUACUUAAAGGGCAAAUUGACUUAUGUAUGUGUCUAUAAUAUCUAGAGUCAGGCUUUGAUUGAGAGAACAGGUAGAACAUGUGAUUGGCACUUUAAUAAAAAUUGUCUGAGUAAAAAGCAGUGA